GGCCCGGGAAGUCGCCGGCUGUGGUCGUGGGGCGGGUGCCAUUCACUCAAUUAAAGCGAGGGCGCCGCCAGGUGAGCCUCUGGGGGCGUCUCUUCCUGCGGGAGCACGUUGCAUAACGGGAGACCAAAGGCCCCCCCUGCAAAAAGAGAGGCCGAGAGGAGGACGCUGCGUUUGAUGGCUUCGCGCCUGGCUCCUUGAUUUCUGAGUAAUUGCAACAACCUUGGAAGAAGUCCACCACGAAAGACAUGUGUGCAUUGGAAUGUCUCGGCCUGAGGCUGCCAUCACAAUCUGAAUCGGCACCUGUGGUUUACCAAGCCUCCAGCAAAAUGACACGAGACGUGGGCCUGGAUGACGAGCUUCCAGACUGGGCUGGAGCCAAGGAAUUCUACCAGAAAUACGACCCCAAGGACGUUAUUGGCAGAGGGGUUAGCAGCGUGGUCCGGCGAUGUAUUCACAAGCAGACAGGACAGGAGUUUGCAGUGAAGAUUAUUGAGGUAACCCCGGAGCGCAUGACUCCCCAGCAGCUGGAAGAAGUGCGCUUGUCAACCAGCAAAGAGAUUGCCAUCCUGCACCAGGUGUCCGGUCACCCAUUCAUCAUCACGCUGAUAGAUUCCUAUGAGACAUCUACUUUCAUGUUCCUAGUCUUUGAUUUAAUGAGACGUGGUGAGCUUUUUGACUAUCUUACGGAGAAAGUAACCAUCAGUGAAAAGGAGACCAGGUGCAUCAUGCGUGCCCUCCUGGAGGCCGUAAACUACCUUCAUGAGAACCAUAUCGUCCAUCGCGACCUCAAACCGGAGAACAUCCUGAUGAACGACGAUCUUAGCAUCAAACUAUCUGAUUUUGGCUUCUCUUGCCAUUUGAAGCCGGGAGAGAAACUUCGAGAACUAUGCGGUACCCCAGGCUAUCUGGCACCAGAAAUAUUGAAAUGUUCUAUGGACGAGACUCACCCUGGUUAUGGGAAGGAGGUGGAUCUCUGGGCCUGUGGCGUUAUCUUUUUCACCCUCCUGGCUGGCUCUCCCCCUUUCUGGCACCGCAAACAGAUGUUGAUGCUUCGGAUGAUCAUGGAAGGCCGGUAUCACUUUGGUUCUCCAGAGUGGGAUGACCGAUCCGACACAGUCAAGGAUUUGAUCUGCCGACUGCUGAAAGUAGAUCCCGUGGAAAGGCUGAGCGCUGAGGAGGCGCUGCAGCACCCCUUUUUCCAGCGCUACGGAAAGGAGCAGCGGCAUUUCAGUCCCUUCCAUAAGUUCAGAGUCAUUGUGUGGACAGUUCGGGCUUCCAUCCGCAUCUAUUCCAGCUACCGCCGGGUGCGCCCGGUCACGAAGGAGCUGCUGCUGUGCGACCCCUAUGCCCUCAAGGGGGUGCGCAAGCUAAUUGACGCUUGUGCCUUCCGAAUCUACGGCCACUGGGUCAAGAAGGGUGAACAACAGAACCGGGCCGCCCUCUUCGAAAAUGUCCCCAAGGCCAUCCAGAUGGUCUUGCUAAACACGGAAGGAGAGGAGGCCCCGCCCUCGGAAGACCCCCUUUGCCAGAAAGACACCUUCGAGCCCCUGUGAAACAGGAGUGGGUGAGGGGUGUUGAGGGGGCAGGGGGGGGUUUCACAGAACUGAAAUCUCAUCCUUGCCCCAUGGGGAGAGGACAGCCAAUGGCUAAAGUCCUCCUUUGGGUUCCUUGUGCACGGAAGAGACUUUCUAGGGAACAAGAACCCGGGGAAUCUUGAAUUUUGGGUUGAUGGGACAGGAUUCCCUGAUUGUACCUGGAAGGUUGUUCUGGAUUUGGGUAGGGUUGAUGUCACACUGAUGGUGUUGGUCCAAAAGGAGGGACAGGGGAGAGCAAUCUGCUUCUUCUGCAAGACCAGGAGCCCCUGACAAAACCCUUUGCGCAGUAAGGACUGUCCGGGGGCCUCAUCCAUCACUGGAAUCCCUUCUGCUGAGGGAACAAUCUGUGUCUUUAGAUUUGGACAGUAUUGGAGAUCAAGUAUGGGAUCAGAUUUUGCAUCUCUCCUCCUUGCUGCAAUCAAGUAGUGGACGUGGCUUUUUUGCUGAUCUGCUUGUUGUUUGUUUCCUGUCAUCCCCCACCUUACAAUUGGACAACUAUAAUAAAAGUGAAAUAUGAUCGCA